GCACUAGGUUAUGCGCCUCUUCUUAUCCGAUGCAUUUUAAGAACAUGCAGGAGUACGACCAGCGAUACAGCUCCCCACCAAUGAGCGUGCAGCGGGCUGCUUUCUGCCUUAGGGUCCAUGCCUCUUUACUGUCUUCUGGCACUACACCAUCUUCUAAAUAUCUUUUUAUUGGGGCUCUCCAGUCUUCUUUCUACGCUAUUUGCGUGGUGUUGACCAUGAUGUCCUGGUGGCUUUUCUCUUCUUCCUUUUGGACCGAGACUAGGCGCGUCAAUUCGAAGUCACUGGCGGUUGCUAGCUUGGAUAGUGCAUCCGCGUGCAUGUUUUCCUCCCUUGGUAUUUGCACAUAUGUCACCGCUUCAAAGGUACCUGCUCUUCGCUUGACACGCUGCAUGUACUGUGCGAGCGUGUCCUCUUUUGCGUCGAAGGUUCCAUUCAGCUGGUUGACUGCCAGUAAAAAGUCAAAUAGUACCCUGAUUGUUCUUGCGCCCAGCUCAUUGGCGGCCGUCAUUCCCGCCAAGAUGGCCUCGUACUUAGCUGCGUUGUUUGUUUUUAACACUCUGAAUCAGAUCGCUAUUUCGUGGACGACGCCCGUCGGGGUGCGCACGACGACACCCGCUCCAGCCCCAUGUUUGCUCGCCGCGCCAUCCACGUACACCUCCCAUACCCCUUCUGGUGUUGUAUCAAGAGUGACUCCUUCGGCAAUGAAAUCUGCUAGUAUCAGCGCUUUUAUCGCUGGUCUUGGAGCGUAUUGGAUGUCGUACUCUGGCAACUCGACCGCUCAUUUAACCAUCCGUCCGAACACUUCCAUUGACGUCAGUAUCUUUUUCAGCGGAAGGUUGGUCAGGACUGUGAUCGAAUGCGCUUGAAAGUAGGGGCUUAGUUUUUGCGACGCGCUUACUCUUGGCUUUCUCAAUCGGGGAAUACCUUGUUUCUGCGCUAACUAGGGUUCGCGACGUGUAAUACACGGGGGCGCUCACC